UGCAGAUUGAGUCAAGAACCGAGACAGGAAUUCUAGUUACAGAUCAGUGUCACCCUACCGUACAGUACAUUACUACGACUUACACCGGAGAGUUUCCCCAGCAUGAAUCAACAGACUGCCCAGCUGCCUAUGACCGGUGAGGAGGACCACGUGGAAGCGGUCGAUCCAGCUCUGCUCCGUGCCGAUCCUUCGUCUUUCAACGCCUAUGACUGGAUAAACCCCCAAUACCUGAACGCUUAUCCUGAUCAGCCUUCGCCUUCUAUAGCAGAGUUGGGCCUCGACCGCCCGCUCACUGCAUUGCCGCCAAGUGGGCAAUUAAACGACCAUUCACUAUCAGCUCUCCCCCACAUGUUCGCCGCCGCUCCUGAGUUCCAAAAAUGGGCCGGGCUAAGCGAUUCUUGUCGAAAUGAUGAUUAUCUGCGCUCAACUAGAGCAGCUUUUCCUGCUACGGAUCCUUCUCCUGCCAGCCCGAGUCGGCAACUCCCUCGUCGUCGAAGUCGUUACCUGACCCGUCAAUCCGGAGCGCAAGCGGGCCCAAUUGUGAUUCCGAAUGCCGGCAGCGACCUGAACCCGAUGGAAAGAUGGCGGAACUCACCCCCGGAGGAAGAGCCAGCCUUGAUACCAGACAUCCUUGAUGCGCUGAAGACGGCCCCAAGCGAGCCCGAGAACAUCAGUCCCAACGCAGCGGGAGGCAAUAGCCACGCAUUCCGCCAGUACCGACGAGCCGCGUCGACCACCAGCGGCGAGUCCAGCGCAUCGUCGCGGGACUCCCAGCAAUCAGGCCGGUCAACCUCAUCCGCAGCGGACCGUCUAGGAGUCCAAGGCCCUGGCAGCAGGGUCCGGAAGGGCAAAACCGCCCCUCGUAGGAAGCAGACCACCAAGGCCACCACCACCAGCUCUACCCAGGCCCUGCGCCGCUACUGCUGCACCUUCUGCUGCGAUCGCUUUAAGAGCAAGUACGACUGGGCGCGCCACGAAAAAUCUUUGCAUGUUACUCUGGAAGCAUGGUACUGCGCCCCCUUCGGCACGACCACUCCCUCUGCCACCGCGCCGGAAACCAUGCUGUGCGCCUUCUGCGGCGCCCCCGACCCGGACGCCGCCCAUCUGAGCGACCACGAUGCCACCGCGUGCGAAACUAAGCCCGGCACGCGCCGCUCCUUCCGUCGCAAGGAUCACCUCAUGCAGCACUUGCGCCUCGUCCACCACAUCCUCCCCACCAAGGGGGGCGGUGGGCCCCCGGACCUCGAGCGCUGGAAGAUCGGCCAGUCAGCCAUCACCUCGCGCUGCGGGUUCUGCGACGCCCGGUUGCACAGCUGGGAGGAGCGCGUCGAGCACCUGGCGGAGCAUUUCCGGUGCGGCCAGACCAUGGCGGACUGGCGCGGCGAGCAUGAGUUCCCCGCGGACUUCGCGGCGCUGGUCGCCAACGCCCUGCCGCCGUAUCUGCUGGGGUCCGAGUCGCGCAGCGUCAUCCCGUUCUCCGCGACCAGCUGCGAGGUCCAGGACCACUUGGCGCAGAUCUCGUCGCGGGCACGAUGGAGCGAGGCCGACCAGCAGGCGGCGCGCGAGAUCGUCGCCCCCGCCGUGCCGAGCGUGGCGCCGCCGCUGCAGGCGAUGGCGCCCGGGGUGGCGUCCGAUCAGCUGAGCUCGUUCACCCAGGUGCUCACCCUGCAUCUGAGUCGGUUCGCCCGCGAGCAGAUGCGGAAGGGAGUCGUGCCCACGGAUGAGAUGUUCCAGCGGGAGUCUCGGCGGGUGCUGUACGAUUCGGACGAUACGUGGAAUCAGACGGUGGCGGAUAAUCCCGAGUGGUUGGCGGCGUUUAAAGGGUGUCACUGUGAGAAGAAUGGGGAGGGAGAGGGAGAGGCGGAGGCUGGUGUAGAGGAGACCUGUUAGUUCUGGGACGUGGACACUGUGUAGGUUCUUUCAUGGCUCAGUUGUGUAUUUAGCUUUGGGAAUGAUGGUUGAGGUUGCAGACACCACAGAUGGACUUUUGGUCGGCCUUGGAUGGAGGGUUCGACAGGAUAUCGGAGGUCUAUAAACUCUCGCCAUCUCUAAUCGUAUACCAUGAGAGUACAAUUGAAUUGGUUGAGG